GGACAAAAAUUGCAUGAAAUCAUGGACCCGUCCUAAUACAAGUUUGUCUUGUUUGCAACUGAAAACUUAAGAUUUCCCACUAUCUCCACCAUUCUUUUACAGUUCUUGAAAAUCAUUACCAGCAACUCAAGCAAAAUGCCAGCACCUACAGCACUCAAGGAGCCUGAUCAAAUAACAACGGUCGAAGAGCCUGUUGUUCAACCCUCUAUAAAUCAAGAUGACGAAAUUUUAAUCGAUGCCCAAACCUCAAUGGAGGAAAAAACACCAGCAUUUGCCUCCACGGACGAAAAUACUCAAGACGCCGAUAUGCGCAUCGAUGAGGAAGGACGUCCGGUUUUCACAGCAGCAAAAGAUACCAAUACUGUAUAUCGAGUGGAAACUCGGAAGGUGCCAGUUCCGCCCCACAGGUUCUCACCCCUCAAGGCUUCAUGGAGUAGAAUAUAUCCUCCCCUAGUUGAGCACCUCAAGCUACAGGUUCGCAUGAAUAUUAAGAGCAGGGCGGUUGAGUUACGUACUUCCAAAUUCACCACCGACACAGGAGCACUGCAAAAGGGCGAAGAUUUUGUUAAGGCUUUCACUCUCGGGUUCGACGUGGACGACGCUAUCGCAUUGCUCCGACUGGAUGACCUGUAUAUUCGCUCAUUUGAAAUUCGCGAUGUUAAAGCAUCGCUCCAUGGAGAACAUCUUAGCCGUGCGGUCGGACGAAUUGCGGGCAAGGAUGGCAAACUGAAGCACUCUAUAGAGAAUGCCACUCGCACUAGAAUUGUCCUAGCUGAUCAGAAAAUACAUCUAUUGGGUGGCUAUCGCAAUAUACUGGUUGCACAAGAGGCUGUUGUUAGUUUGAUUCUUGGAAGCCCACCGGGCAAGGUAUAUGGUAACCUGCGCAAGGUAGCAUCACGCAUGAAAGAGCGCUUUUAAUGCCUGUGUGCAGCAGACUUUUCUUACCCUGGAUCUCUAUCUCUACCUUUUUUUUGGACUAUGAUACUGGCGUUCUAAGGCUGAACAGAAAAUGGUUUCAUGAUAAUUGACU